AUGAGCUGUUGUGGUGAGUUGGAAAUUUUUUUUACAAACGGGUACUAACAUAAGUUAGGCUUUGAGAUGUAUUUGUGAGAGAAACAGAGCGAAAUUUUAGCUCGAUUGGUUCCAAAGAUCUAUGAAUUCUUAAAAUCGGUCAACUUGUCCUUAAAAUUUCGAAAUUCAGAAUAAAUUUUGCAAAAAUUGGGCCACGCUAACACUUUUAUUAUUUUUAACUAGCUUAUCUUGGGAGAUAUCACCUCCAAUGAAAUUAAACUUCAAUUUAUUGAGUUUUCUCGACUCGACCUAAUUUGGAAUAUUUCAACAACGGUCCAGUUUUGAAAUUUUUUCUCUUGACUUUGAUUGCUUUUUAGCGACCCAAUGUGAAUAUUUUUACUUCAUAAAUGUCUUCAGAAUUUUAAUUUCUAGUAAAAAACUGUUCCAAAAUUUCUCAAAAUUAUGUUUUUUUCUGGCCUAAAAUCUCAAGGUCUUCUCAUUUUCUCUUCUCUCUCUCUUCUCCCUUAUUCUAUUCAAAAGCCCUUAGGUAUACUGUGACUGAACACUUGUGAUUGGCCGAACACUUUUUUUUUGAAAUCAUCGUGGGUGGCCUGUUUCGAAAUUCGGCAGGUGUUAGUUUUAAUUAACGAAAAGUUUUUCGGGCUCCUCAUUAGUUCUAUUCAUUAUGUAGAAAUCGAGUCGUUGCAAUGAUUUAUUGCUUUUUGUUCAAAUGGAAAAAUUGAAGGAAAUUUUAGGGAUUUCUUUCAGAUUACUGUAUCUAUACUACAGUACUUAUGGAUAAAUCAAAUUUAUAUUCAAAAAUGCAAAUUUAUCAUAACGAUUACACCCAAGAUGAGAAUCGCUUGAUUAUCAAAUUGAAAAAAAUUAGGUGAGUUGUAAGCUUAUUCAUUUCAAUUUAAAAAAAAAUUCAAAGUAACUAUUAUAAAUAACAAACAUUUUUCAGAUUACUGUAUCUAAACUACAGUACUUAUAAAUUUUGUUAUUUUACCAUCACUCCGAAGUUUCAUAUAUAUUGCCAUGCAAUAUUUGAUCGACCACUCGGUUAAAUAACUUGAGCAUUCACUAUUGGCACUAUUUUUGCGAAACCCUUCUGUGAAAAAUGUACAAAAGUGGAAUCAGAUUCUUAUGCGGUAAAUAAUUAAAGUUCUAUUUUUUUCGAAAAAUAUUUUUUUUUUCAGAAAAAUUGAACGGACGCCAUUCUAAAAAGGAAAAAUGAACAACUUUGUGAGUUUUUUUUCAGAAUAUGGAAUUGAGAACUGAAAGCACAUUUUUGAAUUUCACCACGUCAAAAAAUUCAUCACUUUGUUCUCAAACUCCCUAUAACUAAAAACGUAACCCUUUUGCUUCAUCAAAAAUCCCAAGGUUACCUAGAUUACUAUGGGCCUUCAUUUAUGAUUAGUCAACAAAACGUUUUGUUUCAGAUUACUGUAUCUACACUACAGUACUAUUCUUCAAAUAUUCAAAUAUUCAAAAUCGCAAAUAUUUCUGCAGAGAAUACUUCGGUAAAUCAUUAUCGCUCUACAUAUAUUUUCUAAAAAAAAUUUCGAUUUUUUUCAGAAAUUGGAUGAAGGCAUACAAACAGCGAAAAAAUUAAACACUUCCUCAAAUUAUAAGAACAAUUUAUGGACCAAGAAAAGCUACAUAAUCUUGUGAGUUUUUUAAUACCGAAAAUCCGAAGGUCACUUGGGUUACUGUGGGCUCUUAUUUGUGAUUGGUCAACAAAAUUUUUUUCAGGCUACUGUAUCUAUACUACAGUACUAUUCUUCAAACUAUUGAGAAUUGCAAAUAUUUUUGCAGGGAGUUUUCCGGUGAAUCAAUAUCGCACUUUUAUCUCAAAAAAAUUAAUUUUUUUCAGAAUUCAACAAAAGGCAGCAGAACGGACGACACAUACAUGGAUUUUUCAAGAUAUAA